AGCCAGCCAGGCUGCAUCACAGCACUACCCACCUCCUUCCUCCUUCCCGGGAUACAGCCAACAUACCAAGCCGAACAUGGCUCUCAUAGUCCAGGUCAAAACCGUCACAGAUCUGAGAGGCAAGAAUGACCGGAUCGCCAAAGUGACUUUCAGAGGGCUUUCCUUUUUCUCAAGGGUGUUGGAGAACUGUGAGGAUGAAGCUGAAUUUGAUGAGACCUUCCGAUGGCCAGUCGCCAGCAACAUUGAUGGCGAUGAGUUGCUGGAGAUACAGAUAUUCAACUACAGCAAAGUCUUCAGCAACAAGAUCAUCGGGACUUUCUGUAUGGUGCUGCAGAAGGUGGUGGAGGAGGGCCACUUGGAGGUGACUGACACUCUGAUUGAUGACAACAACUCCACCAUUAAGACCAGUAUUUGCGUGGAGAUCUGGUACCAGCCAGCAAAUGGCACCAUGGGCUCCUCGAGUGAUGGGGAAUUCCUAGGGGAUGGGACCUCCCAGGGAGAGGGAAGAGACGGCUUGGCCCUGGAGACGGAUGGCUUACUUCCAGGAUCCCACCACAGCUCUCGCCAACGUGGGGAAAGGAGCUUCCGGAGAGCCGGAAGGAGUGUUUUCUCGGCCAUGAAGCUGGGCAAGAACCGAUUCCACAGGGAGGAGCAACGACGACAAGAUGAACCAGCCAUCCUGGAGAUGGAGGACCUGGACCGAAUGGCUAUGAGGCUGGGGGACGGUCUGGAUCCUGAUACUGUCUCCCUGGCAUCAGUCACUGCACUGACCACUAAUGUGUCCAACAAGAGGUCCAAGCCAGACAUUAAGAUGGAGCCAAGUGCUGGGCGACCUAUGGAUUACCAGGUCAGCAUCACGGUGAUUGAGGCCCGGCAGCUGGUGGGGCUGAAUAUGGACCCGGUGGUGUGUGUGGAGGUGGGAGAUGACAAGAAGUACACAUCCAUGAAGGAGUCAACCAACUGCCCCUACUACAACGAGUGCUUCGUCUUCGACUUCCACGUCUCUCCUGACGUCAUGUUCGACAAGAUCAUCAAGCUGUCGGUGAUUCACUCCAAGAACCUCCUACGCAGCGGCACCCUCGUGGGGUCCUUCAAAAUGGAUGUAGGAACCGUGUACACGCAGCCUGAGCACCAGUUUCACCACAGAUGGGCAACUCUGUCCGACCCGGAUGACAUCUCGGCCGGGCUGAAGGGUUAUGUCAAGUGCGACAUCGCUGUAGUGGGCAAGGGAGACAACAUCAAGACCCCUCACAAGGCCAACGAAACUGAUGAUGAUGACAUUGAGGGGAACUUGCUGCUGCCAGAUGGGGUUCCCUCCGAGCACCAGUGGGCACGCUUCUACGUGAAGAUCUACCGGGCAGAGGGGCUGCCACGCAUGAACACAAGUCUGAUGGCCAAUGUGAAGAAGGCAUUCAUUGGGGAGAACAAGGACCUCGUCGACCCCUACGUCCAAGUCCUCUUUGCUGGACAGAAGGGUAAGACCUCCGUUCAGAAGAGCAGCUACGAACCACUGUGGAACGAGCAGAUCGUGUUCACGGACCUGUUCCCCCCGCUCUGCAAGCGCAUGAAGGUGCAGAUCCGGGAUUCAGACAAAGUCAACGAUGUGGCCAUCGGCACCCACUUCAUCGAUCUGCGCAAGAUCUCCAACGACGGAGACAAAGGCUACCUGCCCACACUGGGCCCUGCCUGGGUGAACAUGUAUGGCUCCACCAGGAACUACUCUCUCCUGGACGAGCAUCAAGAUCUGAAUGAGGGGCUGGGGGAGGGCGUCUCCUUCCGAGCGCGCCUGCUUUUGGGCCUGGCCGUGGAGAUCCUGGACGCCUCGAACCCCGAACUCACCAGCUCCACCGAAGUGCAAGUGGAGCAAGCCACGCCUGUUGCUGACAGCUGCACGGGGAAGAUGGAGGAAUUCUUCCUUUUUGGAGCUUUCCUGGAGGCCUCCAUGAUCGACCGGAAAAACGGGGACAAACCUAUCAACUUUGAGGUUACCAUAGGAAACUACGGGAAUCAGGUGGACGGGCUGUCCAGGCCACCGAGCCGGAAGAAGAAGGAGGGCGGGGAAGAGGAGGAGGUGGAGCUGAUCCAGAACUCCAGUGAGGACGAGGUGGAUGAGGAAGGGGACCUGGUGUCCGUCUCCACCUCACCCCCGAUGCGGCCCCAGGUCACAGACAGGAACUACUUCCACUUGCCCUACCUGGAGCGCAAGCCCUGCAUCUACAUCAAGAGCUGGUGGCAGGACCAGCGGCGGCGCCUCUACAAUGCCAACAUUAUAGACCACGUUGCCGACAAGCUGGAGGAAGGCUUAAAUGACGUCCAGGAGAUGAUCAAGACGGAGAAGUCCUACCCCGAGCGCCGACUCCGGGGAGUCUUGGAAGAGCUCAGCUGCGGCUGCUACCGCUUUGUCUCGCUUGCCAACAAGGACCAGAACCAAUCGUCCCGCACGCGGCUCGACAGGGAGCGGCUCAAGUCCUGCGUGAGGGAGCUGGAGAGCAUGGGUCAGCAGGCGAAGGCCCUGCGGGCCCAGGUGAAGCGUCACACUGUGAGGGACAAGCUGAAGCUCGGGCAGAACUUCCUGCAGAAGCUGCGCUUCCUGGCCGACGAGCCGCAGCACAGCAUCCCCGACAUCUUCAUCUGGAUGAUGAGUAACAACAAGCGCAUUGCCUACGCCCGGGUCCCCUCCAAGGAUGUGCUCUACUCCACCGUGGAGGAAGAAGCCGGCAAGGACUGCGCUAAAGUCAAGACCCUCUUCCUCAAGCUGCCCGGCAAGCGUGGCUUUGGCCCGGCCGGCUGGACCGUGCAGGCCAAGCUGGAGCUCUACCUCUGGCUGAGCCUCAACAGGCAGCGCAAGGACUUCCUGUGCGGCUUACCCUGCGGUUUCGAGGAGACUAAGGCGGCCCAGGGCCUGGGCCUGCAGUCCUUCCCGCCCAUCAGCCUCUGCUACACCAAGAAGCAGGUGUUCCAGCUCCGGGCCCACAUGUACCAGGCCCGGAGUCUCUUUGCAGCCGACAGCAGUGGCCUCUCUGACCCCUUCGCCCGUGUCUUCUUCAUCACCCAAAGCCAGUGCACCGAGGUGCUGAAUGAGACCCUGUGUCCCACCUGGGACCAGAUGCUGGUGUUUGACAACCUGGAGCUGUACGGAGAGGCCCACGAGCUGCGAGACGACCCCCCCAUCAUUGUCAUCGAGAUCUACGACCAGGACACCAUGGGCAAGGCAGACUUCAUGGGCCGGACCUUCGCCAAGCCUUUGGUGAGGAUGGCAGAUGAAGAGUACUGCCCACCUCGCUUCCCUCCCCAGCUUGAGUAUUACCAGAUCUACCGCGGUAACGCCACGGCCGGAGACCUGCUGGCUGCCUUUGAGCUACUCCAGAUCGGGCCCGCGGGGAAAGCAGACCUGCCCCCCGUUGACGGGCCCAUGGACAUGGAGCGUGGCCCCAUCAUGCCCGUUCCCCUUGGCAUCCGGCCCGUGCUCAGCAAAUACCGUAUCGAGGUGCUGUUCUGGGGCCUGCGGGACCUGAAGCGGGUGAAUCUGGCCCAGGUGGAUCGGCCCCGCGUGGACAUUGAGUGUGCCGGCCGGGGGGUGCAGUCCUCCCUGAUCCACAACUACAAGAAGAACCCCAACUUCAGCACACUCGUCAAGUGGUUUGAAGUGGACCUCCCCGAGAAUGAACUGCUUCACCCGCCCCUGAACAUCCGGGUAGUGGACUGUCGCGCCUUCGGCCGUUACACCCUGGUGGGCUCCCACGCCGUCAGCUCCCUGCGCCGCUUCAUCUACCGCCCUCCUGACCGGUCCACGCCCACCUGGAGCAGCACAGUUAGGCUACUCAGGGGGCGCCGGGUGCUGCCCAACGGGGGCCCCUGCUCUUACCCCGCAGGGGAGAUUGUGAUCAAUACGGAGCCAGAAGUGCCAGUCAAGAAACUGGAAACCAUGGUCAGACUGGAUGCGAGUUCUGAUGCUGUGGUCAAGAUAGAUGUGACAGAGGAGGAGAAGGAGAAGAAGAAAAAGAAGAAGAAGGGGUCAGCUGAAGACCAAGAGGAGGAGGAGACAGAUGAGAGCAUGCUGGACUGGUGGUCCAAGUAUUUCGCUUCCAUUGACACCAUGAAGGAGCAACUGAGGCAGCAGGAGGCAGCAGCAGCUGAGGCCGAAGACAAGGAGGAGACGGACGCAGCUGAGGGUUCCAAGGGUCACAUGAAAGGGAAGGAGAAGGCCAAGGCCCCCAAGGAAGACAAGAAGAAAAAGGGGCAGAACCAGGGCCCUGGGCAGGCGUCUGAGCCCCUGGAGAAGAAGAAGCCCAAAAUCGAUGAACUUAAGGUGUACCCUAAGGAGCUGGAAUCGGACUUUGACAACUUUGAAGACUGGCUGCACACUUUCAACCUACUGCGGGGCAAAAUCGGGGACGACGAAGACAGCUCCACCGAAGAAGAACGCAUCGUGGGCAGGUUCAAGGGUUCCCUGUGCGUGUACAAGGUGCCUCUCCCCGAAGAGGUGUCGCGGGAAGCCAGCUACGACCCCACCUACGGCAUGUUCCAGGGCAUCCCGAGCAACGACCCCAUCAACGUGCUGGUCCGAGUGUACGUGGUCCGGGCCACGGACCUGCACCCCGCAGACAUCAACGGGAAAGCCGACCCCUACAUCGCCAUCCGGCUGGGCAAGACGGACAUCCGAGACAAGGAGAACUACAUCUCCAAGCAGCUAAACCCCGUCUUUGGGAAAUCCUUUGACAUCGAGGCCUCCUUCCCCAUGGAGUCCAUGUUGACCGUGGCCGUGUACGACUGGGACUUGGUGGGCACGGACGACCUCAUUGGGGAGACCAAGAUCGACCUGGAGAAUCGCUACUACAGCAAGCACCGCGCCACCUGUGGCAUCGCCCAAACCUACUCCAUCCAUGGUUACAACAUCUGGAGGGACCCCCUGAAGCCAACCCAGAUCCUGUCCCGGCUCUGCAAGGAAGGCAAGGUGGACGGGCCGCACUUCGGCCCCCCGGGCCGCGUCAAGGUGGCCAACCGUGUGUUCACCGGCCCGGCCGAAAUCGAGGACGAAAACGGACAGAAGAAACCGUCGGAUGAGCAUGUGGCACUGGCUGCGCUGCGGCACUGGGAGGCCAUCCCCCGGGUGGGCUGUCCUCUGGUGCCGGAGCACGUGGAGACACGCCCACUCCUCAACCCUGACAAACCCGGGAUUGAACAGGGUCGACUGGAAUUGUGGGUGGACAUGUUCCCCAUGGAUAUGCCAGCUCCUGGGACUCCUUUGGAUAUCUCUCCCCGGAAGCCCAAAAAGUACGAGCUGCGGGUAAUUGUGUGGAACACGGAUGAGGUGGUGCUGGAGGAUGAUGACUUCUUUACCGGAGAGAAAUCCAGCGACAUAUUCGUUCGGGGCUGGUUGAAGGGGCAGCAAGAGGACAAGCAGGACACGGACGUUCACUACCACUCGUUGACUGGUGAGGGGAACUUCAACUGGCGCUACCUCUUCCCCUUUGACUACCUGGCGGCCGAGGAGAAGAUUGUCAUCUCCAAGAAGGAGUCCAUGUUUUCCUGGGAUGAGACCGAGUACAAGAUCCCCGCCCGGCUCACCCUGCAAAUCUGGGACGCGGACCACUUCUCGGCCGAUGACUUCCUGGGGGAAAGUGGAGGCGGAGCUGCACCUCCUGACUGCAGAGGAGGCAGAGAAGAACCCGGUUGGCCUGGCCCGCAACGAGCCCGACCCCCUGGAGAAGCCCAACCGCCCGGACACAGCCUUCGUCUGGUUCCUGAACCCGCUCAAGUCCAUCAAGUACCUCAUCUGUACCCGCUACAAGUGGCUCAUCAUCAAGAUCGUGCUGGCGCUGCUGGCGCUGCUGAUGCUGGCGCUCUUCCUCUACAGUCUGCCUGGCUACAUGGUCAAAAAGCUCCUGGGGGCUUGAGGUCCGUCCUCCCGCUGCUGACCGAGUUCUUAGGAUCCAAACUACGUUUGUCUUCUUCCCCGAAAGAGAAGACUGGGGCUCUGGCCACGUCCUGCCUGAGUCCCGCCUCCCCCUUACCUGUCUGGCAGUGUCUGUUUUCUCAUUCCUGUCUCCACUCAGCCACUCCCCCCAGGUCAGGUCGGCUAAGAAAGGCAGCAUGGGCCUUGCUGAGGAGAGGGAGAGAACGGCACAGUCUGCCGCUCUUCCUUGCUGAGCUUCUACCCUUCCUUACUUCUCGGGCUAGGUGCGAGUGAGUUCCUAACUUACUUGUGCUCCCCGUGGCCCAAAUCCCAUGUCCUACCUGCAGAUGCUUUAGGAACGGGAACUCUGGGCCGGCACUCAGGACUGCAGACUGGAUCCAAGGGAAGAUCAAAAGGGGCUUAGAGACACCCCACAGCUGCCAUGGGGGAGAAGGCUAAGGAGGGAGCUGUUCACCUGACCACUCGGCUCCCAGGGCAGGGCCCAGCUUUACUGGGAUUUUCUACUCCCCGACCCUCUAUCCCGCUGCUGCUACUGCCUUGGCCCUGCUGCCCUUCAGACUCUUCCGAGGCCUCAGCAAGGCAGGCCAGCUGGCCCCUGGUGAGGAAGGAGAAAGGGUGGCCACAGGCCAGGGCAAGGAGAAUGCCUCAGGCCUGGAGGAGCUCAGCUUUGCCAAGGAAGGGCCAGGAGGAUCUUCCUCACUCACCUUUGAUCCCACCCUGAGGAUGCUUCCAUCUGGCCAUGGGCCUGGGCUGUGUGCGUGUGUGCUGCCUUGUCUCUCUCUCCCCCUUUGGCAUUUGUAAUUCUUCCUCCAAGAUGGCCCAGUCUGGGACUUCUGGGUUUGGAGUGAGUGAGAGUGAGUGAGUGUGUGUGUGAGAGAGAAAGAGCCCUCUCUAUGCUCUCAGUACUUCAAUCCCUAACCCUCCCCCUGUUCUCUCCUCCACCUGCCCUGCCCCAGUCCCAACACCUGCAGAAAUUCAGCUUCUCCUUUACGUCACCCUGCUGCUGGUCAGAGUCUGAGCCUGAAGCUUCCCUCUCUGGUUUGGUUUGCUGCGUUCGAGGUUUUUUUUUUCCCCCCUUUUCUUUUUUGGGGUGUAUCCUCUCAAUAAAAGAAACUCAGUACCUGGGCUGCCCUGGCUGUAGAAGGAAGGCAAGGCGGGGACAGGAGCUUGGGUUAAGGGCCGUGGGCUAGCCCAGCCGGGCCUGAAAGCCGGUGGGGACAGGGAAACAAAAUGC